GCGCCUCUUCAUGCAGUGUUCGCGCUUCUACUCUGGGAGGUGUGACGUCACGUGAGCGGCCCGUGUUCGUUCCAGCUGAGCGAAAAGAUCGGACGGUUCAAGCUCAAAGCGUGCGGCAACUCACAUGCAGAGAGAACUGAACAGAAGGGGGUGACCACAGGGGGAAAAAGCGAUUGAGCGACUGCAUGGAAAAAAACGUCAACAUCCCACCAAUCGCACUACGCAGCAGAAAUUGACUCAGCAACACUUUCUUCGUUUUGUUUUCACUUGUUAUUUUGAGACGACGCAUUCAAGAGUUCAGCGCACUCAAGUUAUCGUUUGCAUCAUUGGAUUUUUUUUUAAUUCUCCCAGAUUUUUCCAUUCUCCACUGUUCUCUACUGGAACCGUUAUAUCCGGUCAAUUACUUCUUUUUUCCCACACGUUGGACUUGGACAUAACGCUAUUCUGGACAUUCGUCUAUAUAUUUUUUUAAAAGUUCCAACAUAAGAUAAGCAAAUUUUCUGGAAGUACUGGGAAUGUGUAUUUUUAUCCACUCGACCAAUCUACAAUCAAAUGCAAGCACAAUGGCACUCUUUGUUUAAACAUUUUAUUUUCAAAUAAAGUACUGAACCACUCAAGCAUCUAGCGGUCAAGGGAGCUCAAUCCUGCAGACGUUGGAUGAUGGCCAGGCCGCUUUCACAGCUCCUUCCCCCGGACCUUCCCUCUGCCGGAGCCAGUCCGCAGUUUGGCAACAGUAGCCAGGCAGGAGGCUCACUUAACGGAGGACACUUAAACUCAACAGCAAACUUAAAGUCGCUCCUGCAGCUUCCCGUGAAGGGCGACCAGCGCGUCAAAGACUGUAGUGAAAUGAAGGGUAAGGACAGGUUGGAUAUGGAUGAGGACUCUCUUGGCCGUUGUCCUAUGCGCAACGGCUGCAGCAAUGGACUAGCCACUGACAGCAAUGGAGCAGGCACUGGCAGCUUCUCAAACAGCAACAACAGUUCCUUCCUGGGCCCGUUGCUAUGGGAACGAACAUUGCCAUGUGAUGGCGGGCUAUUCCAGUUGCAGUACAUGGAUCUCGAGGAGUUUCUGACAGAGAACGGGAUGAGCAGCAUGCACAGUACCUCCAACUCCACCUCAGCUCAGAUACCCUCGCAAAGCUCUCAGUCGGCCAUUCCCAACCAGGGCUCCCAGUGCCUGCCCACCUCGCCCCCACACUGCUCCUCUUCGUCCUCACCGGCAUCCUCCACCUCCUCUUCCUCGCCCUCUCUGCUUGGGCUGGACAUGCAUACGCCGCAAAGCAUGAUGGGAACGGCAGACUGCUUGCACGGCACUCCACCAGGCAGCUUGGAGCCAACACCCUCACCAUCUUCCACUACAUGUCCACCACUCCCUACUCCACCCAAUACUAACUGCAAUGAGGUGGUGCCGUCCUUUGACCCUGAUCCCGCAGACGUCGCACUGUCGAGUGUGCCUGGACAGGAGGCGUUUGACCCACGCAGGCAUCGUUUCAGUGAUGAAGAGCUCAAACCUCAGCCCAUGAUUAAAAAGGCUCGCAAGAUGCUUGUCCCUGAAGACCUGAAGGAUGAGAAGUAUUGGAGUCGGCGUUGUAAGAACAACGAGGCCGCAAAGCGUUCUCGCGAUGCUCGUCGACUGAAGGAGAACCAGAUCUCUGUGCGCGCCGCCUUCCUCGAGCGUGAGAACGCUUCACUCAGACAGGAAGUAGCCGACAUGCGCAAAGAGCUCGGCCGGUGUCGUAACAUCCUGAACAAAUACGAGAGCCAUCACUUGGAUCAAUAAGAAGGAGAGGAAGAAAACGCAAAACCAGAUGAUGGAUGGAGAACGCAAUGAAUGUUCCUAUGAUAGUCACGCUGAAAGACAGAUGGAAAGUGCAUCAAAUAUGGAAGGAUGUCUGAAGACGGCACAAGAGCUCAAGUUUCAAACUGGAGUGAGAGAGCAUGUCACCUCUCUUAACUUUUUUUUUUCCUAGUAAGGUACAAUGGCAAGAUUUUAAUUAUGGAGAGAAAUGUAUAUUUUUAUAAGAUAGAACAAUGCUUAAUGGUGAAAGGAAAAUUUUGAAAUUAAUUUUUGUAUAUUUUCUAUAUCUUUGGGAGGGCUGUAAAGUAUAGACGGAGGGAACUGGUUGAGGUAUCACUGUAAUUUAAAAUUAAUUGAUGAGGUAUUUUUAAAGCGAUCAACUCAAAUUGAAGCCUAGACUUUCACAGAACUUUAAAGAUUUAGAAAAUAACUUUCUAGAGAAAUUCAACUGUAAAAUACAGAGAAAAAACAUAUACCUUUAAAUUUGUAUAAAAAUGUUAAUAUAGAUUUAUUCAAGCACUUAAGUUGUAAUAAACCUGUGUGUAAUAUUUUGGCAACGGUGACCGAGGACAACCAAGGAUGAGUGGAAAUGACAGGUGCAUCUCAACUCUUUGGGGAAAAACAUUGUUUAUCAGUUCACUGCUGAUAUUUAUUUGUCAUUCUCAAAGGAAAACUAAACAUGUAAUGAUGAUAAGGAGAUGGUACAGAAAGACAUGCAUUAAUUGUCACAUAUUUUAUUGCCAUUUUUGUGUUUAUUUCCUUGGUGAACUCUGUAGGAUUCUUCUCCUGUCUACAAUUUACUCAUCUUUUUAUAGGAAUCUGACUCACAGUUGCAAACAAAAAACAGCUUUUUAGCAACAGCACACAUCCACAACGUGCAGAUCGUAAGUGAACUUGCAGAGGCUGUUCUUGCUGUGCAAAAACACAAUUUGGACCUCUAUGGAUUGAAUAUAUAUAUAUAUAUAUAUAUAUGGGACGUGACUUUCAUCUGAUUGUACAGAAUGAUUUCUUAUAUUGGAAGCACGGGAAAUUGCAUUUCAAAACAGGUUGACAUGUAGACAUUUGGCUAUGUCUGCGCUUGUGCUGGUUUUGCACCUGUAUAUGCAAACACAUUGAAGCCAAUGAGCGCUCUUACUUUUAUUGAAACAAUAUUGAAUUUUUACAACCUGUUUACUGGUGUCAGUACAAAUGUUUCAAAAUCUAUUAGUUUUGUGGUUCUCCAGUCAUGUCUGUUUCUUUCCUUAACGACCAUUAAAGUAACUUCACUUAUUAUGAAUUAUUAUUGAUCUGAUCAUUAUUAUUACUAUUGUUGUUAAUACUACGAAUGAAUUAUUAUUUUUGUUGUUUUAUUUCCUUGAUAUUGUCUCUUUUAUGUUCCUUUAAAGAACC